AGAAUUAUGAAAGUCAUAUUCCACUCGAAAUCUUAUAUAAUAACAUCUGAAAAUUGCUCGCCUCAGUUAGUAACUCAUUUUGCUUCAGAGUGGAAGUUUUUGCCCGGAUUCCAUCCAACCCUAAAGUACCCUAAUGCCUCAACUCAACAAACAUGACUUGGAAGCUCUGUUACGCCCCACACUGGGCCAAGAUUUGGCGGUAGAAUCGUUCACAUCCGAAGCUCUAACUCAGCCAGGAGAAAAUUAUGGAAGCACCAUGCUAGCAAUCGAAGUCAGUAUUCGUGAAAGAAAAGACGACACAAGUCAUAAUCUGUCACUAGUAGCCAAGUUAGUGCCCCCAACUGAAUUCCUUUGGAAAUUAUUUGACUCACCAAAUACAUUUUGCAAAGAAAUAACUUGUUACACAUCAGUCAAAAUGGAAAUCAAUAAACUACAAAAUGAAAAGUGCAUCCCUAAGGAUAAAUAUCUCGACGUGUUUCCUAAAUGCUACGGCGCUCGCACAACACUGUCAGAAGAAAUUGGUGAUAAAGCUGAUAAAAAUGCAGCAAUUCUUCUAGAGAACUUAAAAGCGGCAAAUUAUCGUUUAGGGGAUCGCAGAGUGGGGCUUGAUCUGAAACACGUACAGCUGGUAGUGUCCAAGCUUGGACAUUUCCACGCACUUACAGUGGCUCUCAAGAUAUUGAAACCUCAAAUAUUUAAAGACACAGUUCUGAAAGCUUGUAAACCUCAUACCGCAAGCUUUGAUGAGGCAGAGAUGCAGGCAAAUACUUUGAGACUACUGCAAGGUUUGAAGGUAAUUCCUGGAUGUGAAAUUUACCUCGAAAAAAUACAGAAAGCCUCAGAAAUGUCAAAUAAAACUCAACUAGAUAAAUCUUUACUACCACCGAGGGAGCCGUAUGCAGCAUUUAGUCACACUGAUCUCUGGGUCAAUAAUAUGAUGUUCUGUUACGACAAUGAAAAUAAUCCUGUCGGUGUGAAAUUUCUAGAUUUUCAGGGUGUUGUAUAUCAUUCACCAGUGAAGGAUCUAUUAUUCUUUUUAUAUACCAGUGCAGCUGAGGGAGUCAGAGCUAAGCACCACGAAGAACUCAUACGCCUGUAUCACAGAAACUUCAUCGACUGUCUGAAGGAUAUGGGUUGUGACAUCGGUCCGUUUACCUUCCAAACGCUGCUGGAUGAAAUAGAAGAGUUUGCGCUUUCAGAGGUAGACCAUGUUCUAUUUAUGUUGAAGCCAAUUUGCGCUGAUAAGAGUGAGGUACCUGAACUAUCAGGAAUUGACCUCGAGUCACUUUACCAAGAACCCAACGAAAUAUACAAAAGAAAAGCAAAAGAAUUUAUUAUUGACUAUGCGCAAAGAGGUUGGUUAUAAAAUGCACUGAUAUUUGAAUUCACCCAUGAACUUGUAAGCUCAAUAUAAAGUUUCAGAUGAAUCUGUUGACUGAAA